CAGAUAAUUGCAUCUCGUAAGUUGAGAAAAUAUACACGAAUUGCAAUAAGGAACAAAAACAGGAGUAGAGGAAAAUUUGGAAAAUUAUUGAAUCGUUUUUCCAAUAUUUUUUGUUCCACCAGAAUCAGAAAGUAAGCAAGAAAAAGUAAAAUUCAUCAUAAAUUGUGUAAAGUGUCGACGACCGCACAUUGUGACAUAAUCUUGUGGGAAAAACUAUAACAAAGUCACCAACACAACUUUGAGUGUCAGGCAGAAACUUUACCAAAGGAAAACCUGCCAAGAAAAGAAACAAAAACGUUUACCCAUUAUAGAGAAUGGCUACACCACAAUCGCCAACCCGCAUGUUCAAUGGUCUGGACGAAGAUAUUUAUAAAGAAGCUAAAUUUGCACAUGAAAUAAAUGACAAAAUGCGUGUUCCCAAGCGCAUUAAAGCAACAGGAGAAUUUUCUGACGAAGAUUUACUCUUAUCAAAUCAAAAUGGUUUAAUUAAUUCAUGGAAUUAUCACGAUAAAAUUGACAUGAACGUACCAGAUCGUAUAGUGGUAUUAGGUCAUAAUCAACAUCUCGAGACACGCUCUGCACCACGAGAAAUACAACUGGAAAACUCAAUUCUACCAAAGAAUCCAACGGAGAGCAUGAUGCGUGUACAGACACCACCUCGUGUUAUUACAUUGAAUGAACACCAUUUUCCGUCUGCUUCUGAGGAGUGUUCACCACAUCGAUAUGACGACGGAGCCGACUAUGAAGAUGGCGAUUACGAUGACGACGAUGAUACACGUCCUCCUCCUUACGUACGCGCUAAUGGUAUAGGCCAUGCGCAAGUCGGAUUUCAUCCCACUGACUCUAAUUCUGUGGAAUCUGACUCACAAUUGACUACGGGUGGUGCCAGCAAACGUUCGCAGCAAUUGGCAUACAAUAACCACGAUGCAUCAAUUGUCAGCCAUCGCGAAGGUACACCAAUGGGAGAGCUUACACCACAUGAAGAGAUCCUCUAUUUGCGUCGGCAAUUAGCCAAACUUAAUCGUCGCGUAUUGAACAUUGAAAUCAGUAAUGAACAGCGCCUGCAACGCGAAAAAAUCGUCUAUUGUUUAGGCUUAGCGUAUUUCGUUUUGAAGGCUGUCUUCUGGCUAAAUCGUAAUUGAAUUUUAUUUUACGUACAUACACGCAUGCAUACGAGGAGCAUUAGUAAGCGCAAAAAGAAACGACGUAUCUUAAUGGAAUUUUGUUAUUCGCCAAAAAUGUUUGGGGUUCGAGAAUUACGAAAAAAUGUUAUUGGUUGGGGGCGGUAUUGUAAGUAGCGCUAAUGCUAAUACCUAUAUUAUAACAAUGUUUUCUUUUUAUUUGGUCUUUAUUUUCGUAUUUGUAGCAAUGGAGAAAGUGUGUAUUUGAAUUUAAACUGAUAAACCUACGAACAUUUGAUAUGUUUUAGCCUAAAUUAUUUCAAUAUUAAUAUUGUUAAUAUGCGCUUAUAUCGAAGUAAAAUAAAAAUAUUUAAAUGCAAAGGGAAGAAAAUAGUAUAUGAUACAUGUCUUUGCUCAAUUAAAUAUUUAAGUUAUUUCGAUAUUUGCCCAUGAUACCAAUACAUUUACAUAAAAUAUCGUUAAUUUCAAAUAAGAAUAGUAGAAAAAAUAUUUAACGUGAUUUAUUUCUGAUAUUUUUUCUUUAUUUGGACUUUAAAAACAUACUACACCGCUGAUUUAAUUUUACUAUUAUUUAUAUUCGUAUAUUUCUAUUUAUAAAUUUUCAUUACAAUGAUUUCUACUCUAAUGCCAUAUUAUUGUUAAAUAUGUUAAAUCUGAAAGAAGAAAUGAAACUAAUUAGAAAAAAAUAUGCAGCACGUUGUCUGUUAACUUCUUUAUUUAAUAAAAGUGCGGAGACGCGAGACACGUCUUUGAAGGGAUCUAAAACAAUUUCUAAUUAAAAAAUGCUUUAUUAAGGGAUUAUAAAUCGUACCAAUAAA